UCGACGACGAUACACACGACGACGACUUUUUAUUAUUCUCAGUAGUGCUGCCGUUGAUGCGUCGCGUGUGACUUUUGACUUUUAUAAUAUUAUGUUGUGACUGACAGCUUUGAUUUGUUUUCAUUUGGUGCGUGAGGAUAUAUAGUGUUUUUGUACAUCGAUCGACGUCGUUGUUGUUCUUCGAAUCCGCACCUUCGAGUACAUCAAUUGGCCUAUCCACGCAUAAGCAUUCGGGUAUUAUGCAAAGAUGCGUCGCGAAGAGAAGUGAACUCGAUACACUCUCGCUCUCGUUCGUGAAUCAUUGACGAGAUAAAAAAAAAGAAAGAGACAGCAGCAGCAGCCCAGAAAUAAAGAGAGAAGCGAACCAAGUUAAUACGACGACGACGACGACGACACGCCUCCCGCAUCGGACCUUGAAUAUUUCAAGAGACAAGAUGCGCGCGAGACGAAAAUCCAGCAGGAGUGCGGCAGCAACGGCAAAGACAAUGAAAUAAAACAAAAAGAAGAAAAAAAGGAUAAUCACAACGACACUAUUACAUGACGAUGAAUCGCUACAUCCAGCUGAAUCAGCUGGGCGACGGUACGUUCGGCUCGGUGGUGCUCGGCGAGCGCAUCGACACGGGCGAGCGCGUCGCCAUCAAGCGCAUGAAGCGCAAGUACUACAGCUGGGAGGAGGCCAUGAAUCUGCGCGAGGUCAAGUCCCUGAAGAAGCUCAGCCACGCCAACGUCGUCAAGCUCAAGGAGGUGAUACGCGAGAACGACGUCCUCUACUUCGUCUUCGAGUACAUGAAGGAGAAUCUCUAUCAGCUGAUGAAGGAUAGGGACAAGCUGUUCCCCGAGCCGACCAUCAAGAACAUGGUGUUCCAGGUGCUGCAGGGUCUGGCCUUCAUGCACAAGCACGGCUUCUUUCAUCGCGACAUGAAGCCCGAGAAUCUGCUCUGCAUGGGCCCGGAGCUGGUGAAGAUCGCGGAUUUCGGCCUGGCCCGAGAGAUACGCUCGAGGCCGCCCUACACGGAUUACGUGUCGACCCGAUGGUAUCGGGCGCCCGAGGUUCUCCUCCACUCGACCUCUUACAACAGUCCCAUCGACGUCUGGGCGGUGGGCUGCAUCAUGGCCGAGCUGUACACGUUCAGGCCGUUGUUUCCGGGCAAGAGCGAGAUCGACGAGAUAUUCAAGAUAUGCUCGGUGAUCGGGACGCCCGACAGGCAGGACUGGCCCGAGGGAUAUCAGCUGGCGGCGGCGAUGAACUUUCGAUUUCCGAAUUUCACGAGGACGUCGCUGCAGGUGCUGAUACCCAAUGCGGGACACGAGGCGGUGGUGCUGAUGGAGGACAUGCUGCAGUGGAAUCCGGCCAAGAGGCCCACGGCUCAGCAAGCUCUGAGGUAUCCGUACUUUCAAUUGGGCAAUCAGCGCCUCAUCACCGGCAAAAAGAUGUCGGCCCAGCGCGAGCUCGUGAUGAACAAGGUGAAUCUGCCGCCGCCUCAGGCUGGCCUCGUUCAACAGCAGCAGCUGCCCAACGGCAACGGCAGCGUCAAGACGAUAGGCAGCGGCGCGGAAAACAGAGCAUCGGCGGAAGCGACGUUGAUCAGGCAGCAGAAGGUGAUCCAGCCGGUGCAGCCGUUGGUCCAGAACGGACUGCCGCUGCUGGCGCGAGCUGGCUUGAAAAAGGACGGGACGAGCGCCACCGGACAAUUGCCGACUCAGAAGAAAUGGGACGACGACGAGUUCGCCAACGAGUUGCUCGGGAAUAUCCUCAAUCGCGAUGACGUCAAGUCGAGGCUACUACCCGAGCGAGUCUACAAAGAGAAUCGAGCCAACUGGAACGGAAACUAUCAUCAAGCCGACAAUCUCAGCGGCUUGGGUAGCGGCCAGUUGCACCAUCAACAACACCAAAGGACCAACUUGCCCGGCUGGUACGAGCAGAUGCCGCACGUCAACAAUCGCGUCAAGCAGCAACAACCCUCGGCCACGACGUCGACGAUUUUCGGCCAAAACGUCGUGUCGGCGGCGGCUCACGGCCGCCGAGUCUCGGCCAAGAUGCCCGCGAGAUACGGCCUCGCGCAGUCGCCCAGUCAGCUGCCGUCCAGUGCUUUGAAAAAAUUUCACAGGACCAACAGCGAGGCGGCCCACUCGGGCAGCGGACUGCCGAUGCCGCCGAGCGCCGCAGCGGCGGCUACCAAGAUAGAGUCCGCGAGUUCGGCGGCCUACUGGCCGAGCAUCAUGAGGGAAACGCAGCCGCAUCAUCAUCCUCAUCAUCCUCAUCAGAGCACAGCCGUGAUUCAACCCUUUAGGCAUCAGCAGCAGCCAGCGCUGCGAGGUCGAUUGUCGACCAUCGAGCAACAGCAACAGCAGCAGCAGCAGCAAAACACGAGGCUGCCUUAUCCCAGCGUUUACGGUACACAGAACAUAAAACCUGCAAAUAAGCUGCUGCUUAAUGGCUUGUUGAAUAAUCGGCCUGCGAACGGUGUGACGACGACUACGACGACGACGACUACGGCGCGGACAGAUUGGCCUGUCAAGUUUACGAAGUGAAAUCUCUUCUCUCAUCUCUCUCUCUUUUUCUUAAUAAUAAAUGAUCUGUGAUACGUACAUCUAGGUGUAUAUAUAUAUUAUAAAAUAUGGUAUUGUGACAGCUGAUGUAUCGGGUAAGGGGCGAAGGGGAAAAAAAUGAUGUAUUAUUGUGUAUAUUAAUAAUAAAUAAUAAUAAUUGGGUGUUCUUACAAAGAUGAAGUUUUGUACUCUCUCUGCCUUAUUGAAAUCCACUGCAUCAAAAGAUAAAGAAUGAAGAAUUGAAAAGAGGAAUUAAGGAUUUGCCGACGUACUUGAAAACGUGAAUUGCGUAUAUACAUUCGCGCGAAUCUUUAAACUUCGUUCCUCGGUUGGUAAUUCGCAGAUUAAUUUUCGCAUUAAGAGCCGACGAUGGGUUUCGCGAAACGAGAGAGGAGAGCCUCGACGAGAUUUCCAGUAUGGUAUUUCAUAUAUAUUUUUU